AUGCAAAAUAAUAAUUCUACAAAUAAUGAUCAUUUUAAUGAUUGUUAUGAGGAUAUAUCAAAAUCCAUUGAAGCAAUUCAAUCAAACCAUUUAAAUCAAUCUAUUAAUAAUAAUGAUAUAACACGAGAUAUAAACGAUACAAACAAUAAUGAACUGAAUUUAAUGAAACGAUCCAAUUCAUGCAAAUUGGAUUCAUUGAACACUUCUACAUCAUUACCAUUGAAACGAUCGUUUCCAUGUGAAAAAUCUCAAUAUCAUGUUGGUUGGAGACCAGUAACUGCAUUUAUGACAAAUUUACAAUCAAAAUUAUUGAAUCAUUCAAGUGAUUUAAAAUCGGAACAACCAAAUCAAUCUAUUGAACAUAAAUCAAAUAUCAAUCAUUUAGGUCGAUUUAAUAUUGGUUGUCCAUCUGGAUGUAAUUCAUCUAUAGCUGAUGUGACAGUCAAUGAAGAUUAUGAAUACUAUACAGAUAUGAUACAAUCAUCAGAAUUAUUAAAUAAUCAACAAAAUCCUAUUCAAUCAGAAUCAAUUACAUAUAGAAAUUGUCAUCAAUCACCACAUUAUAUGGAAAAUGAUCAUUUAUCUAAAACUUGUACAGGGACUUCAAAAGCUCCAGUAAUUGUAAGAUUAAAUGUUAGUGGUACAAUAUUUCAUGUAAGACAUAGUACAUUAAAACGUGAUCCAUUUGUCUAUGGUAAAAUGUUAGAAGAUGCUAUAUGGAUUGCACAAACAAAGGAGUAUUAUUUUGAAAGAGAUCCAGAAGUAUUUCGAUUUAUAUUAAGUUAUUUAAGAAGAGGUGAAUUACAUUUACCUCAUGGAAUGUGUGGUCCACUUGUUGAAAAAGAAUUAGAUGAUUGGGGUAUAGCAUUAGGUUUAGAUAUUCAAAGAUGUUGUUUAGGUCCAGUCAUGGAAAGUAAAUCAAAAUUGGAAUCUUUACAUAGAUUUGAAGAAAAAUUAGAACCAGAAGCUGUACAACCAGAUUAUUGGAUUCAAUCUUAUCGUUGGCAAUUAUUUCGUGAAAAAAUUUGGUCUGUUAUAGAUAUAUCACCAAGACUUAUACAUUCACGUUUUAGUAAUUAUAGACAUAGAAAACAAUAUACACCUAAUGAAUUAUUCUGUAAUGAUUAUAGUUCAACAAGUGAUCAAUCAAAUUCCAAUGAUAAUCAUAGUUUUAAUUCAAAUCAGAAAUCAAUAAAUACAAUUAAUCAUUAUUCUAUUAGUAAUGAACAAUCAGAUGAUAGUUUAGAAUCAAAAUCAUUUCAUUUAUCUACAACAAUUCAAUCAAUUAAUCAUUGUUGUCAUGAAAAAAUCAAUAAAUAUACAAAAUGUUCUAGUUGCUAUCCAAUGAAUAAUCAUGAAUCAAUUUAUUUAAUAUGGUUAAGACAUUUUUAUUUUAUUUAUGAAACGUUAAUUAUAACAUCCGCUGUUGGUGUAUUUAUGUUAUCCACAGUGAAAGAAUAUCGUAUCCCAUUUUAUAUGAAUAUUACUGGAUAUACAGAUGCUUAUAAUGAUACCAUUAUUGAUUAUACAAAUAAUCAUUUAGAAAUUAUCACUUUAUUUAAUCAAUCAGAUAAAACAAAUUAUAGUUAUUUUACAUUACCAUCUAAAUGGCUUGUACAAAUGGAUAUUUUCUUUUCUAUAGCUAUUACUAUUGAUGUAUUAAUACGAAUGAUCUUUUGUCCAUGUUUCUUAAUUUGGUUCUUUUCAUUAUCUACAUUGAUUGAUAUUUUAUCCUUAGUACCAUUCUAUUGUGAAUUUAUCUUUUAUGAAUUAGUUUAUACUUAUAAUAAUGAUAAUCAUUAUCAUACUAAUCCAGAUUCAAUAUGGUGGUUAAUUCGUAUUCUCAAAGUAGAAGAAUAUUUUAUCAUUUUAAAAGUAUUUGUUGUAUUAAGAUUAUUUCGUUUAUUAAGACGACAUAGAGGGACAAGGGUAUUAUUUUAUACUAUACGGACAACUAUUACAGAUUUAUCGAUUAUUAUUAUAUUAAUUUUAGUAAGUGCAUUAUUUUUUGGUGCAGCAAUUUAUUUUGUGGAUCCAACAUUUACCGAUAUACCAAAAGGUUUUUGGUGGGCAUUAAUCACUAUGUCUACUGUUGGUUAUGGAGAUUUAGUACCAAAUAAUACAGGAGGUUAUAUAGUUGCUACAGCAUGUAUUAUAUUAGGUACAUUAUUAGUAUCCUAUACAAUACCUGUAUUAGUGAAUCAUUUUUUAUUAUAUUAUGCACAUGCUGAUCAAUUAUCUAUGGUGAAACAAUUACAUCGUACUGCUAAACGUAAAAUACGAAAUAGAAAAAUGUCACGUUAUUUACAAAAAGCUUUAUUCAAUGCUAAAUCUAUAGUGAGUUCAACAAUGACAAAUGUUAAUAAUAAUAAAACAUAA